GAACAUGGCGGAGGCGGGAAAAGAGCACGCGGGCUUCGGGCUCCCGGGAGGAGACGCGGCACAGUGGCCUCUGCAGCGGUAUGGCCGCUUCAUGCCCUCGGGCACUGGAGAGCCGCCUGGGCCUGGCCAGGAAGCUGUCACAGCCUCUUCCCCAACAUGGAAGGUUUUUGACUCCAGUGAAGAAUCUGGGCAUCUUGUUCUCACCAUAGUUAUAUCGGGUCAUUUCUUCAUUUCCCAAGGACAGACACUGUUGGAAGGGUUUUCACUCAUUGGUAGCAAGAACUGGUUGAAGAUUGUAAGACGCAUGGAUUGUCUGUUGUUUGGAACAACGAUAAAGAACAAGAGUCGUAUGUUCCGGGUGCAGUUUAGUGGAGGCUCAAAGGAGCAGGCGCUGGAACACUGCUGCAGCUGCGUGCAGAACCUGGCCCAGUACCUCACUGUCCAGGUGCCUGACGGAAUCAGCCAGGAGCUCAGGCUGAGUCCUAGCCCGCUGUGGACAGGUGAAAGCCAAGGGAAGGGCCGUGUGCAGAGCAUCCCACCACAGCAUGAUUCACACCAGAACCCGGAGCAGCAACAGUGGGUACUGGCUGGCACAAGCACUCCAAGAGGAAGGACCUCAGUGGCCUGGUUAGCUCAGUCUCUCCUGGCAUCAGAGGAGCUGCCCGUGGUCUAUGAACAAUCUGCAUGGAACACAGAAGAGUUAGGCCCCUUUCUACGCUUGUGCCUCAUGGAUCAGAAUUUCCCAGCAUUCGUGGAAGAGGUGGAAAAGGAACUGAAAAAGCUGACAGGGCUGAGCAACUAACAUUCUACGUACAUACAGAACUGAGGAACUUGAGCGCAAUGGAAAAAAUGCUUCCUCCUAAGAUUAGAGAAGAUACUAGAAUAAAGAGUAUUAUUCCAACACCUUUUAUCAGUUUUAUUUUUAAAAACAGGUGAAUCCACUUUUUUAUACAUCAUUGCACUUCAACAAUUACACAAAACACAAGUACAUGCAUCUACCAUUACGCACCGUGUGAGAACCCUGCCGGGUGUGAAAAUCUACACUCGAUGAAAAAAUACAGUGUCAACCUCAAAGUAUAACUAGUUGCAUAGAAUACCAUGCUGUAACAUUUCAAGGUCAUUGAAAACAAAAGGUAAAUUAUAAAAGUUUGCCUUAAUUGAAUGUACAAUUAGGUUCAACACAUCAGUGCAAAAGGAUUUAAGAAUUUACAUGAUUUAACAAAAGAAAAAAUAAUCACUUAAAAAGCAAUCUUACAUAUAUACUGCAGUUCAUUAUAUCCAUUCAGUGGACUGUUCCAGCUUCUUAUCAAAGUCAGAGGUUAAGCCCUUAAAAUUAUAGAUUUCAGUUUAUAUUACUCAUCUUUAUGUACCAGAACUGAACAGUUUCCUCAUCUGACAACAUAUAGUAAGGAAUGAGUAUCAGCAGCUUAAAAAUGAAACAAGCAUUUAUUUUAUUUUGGAUUUCUCCCACCCCCAAAAAUAUAAAUAUAUAUAUAUAUUUAUAUACUGUAUAUAUCUGUAGGUUUUGCUGUACUUUACAAAAAUGUAUCACUAGAUGGCAGCAGUGCAUUUUAGAGCUUUGCCAAUUUUAACAGCUGCAUUAAGUAAAAAACGGUGCAUGCAUGAUCCCAUCCUCAGAGGACCUUUUUACUUCUAUUUAAAUAUUCUACCAAAGGGAAAAAAAAAAAACAACAUUCACAGCACAUCAAGCCCAAAAUAGUUUACACCUUCUA